CGAUUCCUCUGACAUUGAUGCCAUUUUCGACUCUUUUUCGAUUCCUCUAACAUUGAGAAAUUGUUGCCAUUUUCGAUUCCUCUGACUCUUUUUGGAACUUUUGGUUCUGAUUUACUUAGCUGAUUUACGUUUAUGUAACUGGAAUAUGACUUCUGGUUUUAUCCUUCAUUCGCAUAUUUUGUGUUCUUUUCCUUCGGUUUUGCUUUGUUGGUCUUUGCAAUUAAUCGUUGUUAGCCUUCAAUUGAGGUCAGCACCUACUGUGUGUUGCUUUUUGACCAUUAAACCUGCCCCUAUGUUGUAGGUAUGCCCCCACUGAAGAAGAAGAAGGCUGCUACUGAAAAGGAAGUGCCGAUCCCGGAUUUUUACCGGGCGACAAGAUCAGGGAGGGUGCGGCCCGAACAUGCUCGGUCCACCGAAUCUGUAAGCGGGGGGAGUGGACGUCGAACUGGAGCCUCAGUGAAUGAGGAUGCUCAACGCACAGACACUGUGAAUCCAGACGAACCCAAUGGCAACGAUGAUUCGGAGGCAGAAGCAUCCAAUCAUGAGACCGGAGAAGGUAGUAAUCCAACUGGAUUGGAAGGAGCCCCUGCGGCUAAAAAGAGGGGACUGUCCAAAGGGUACGAGAUAAUGAAGAGAACCGGAACUGGAGGCAAGAUAGAUGGAAUCUACGUAUUGGAGAAUGGGCAGUCAUUCGUAGGGCCUAAUGAGAGCUUGUUGAAGACAGAGUUGGGCGUCGUAACACGCCUGAUGGCCCCGAUAAGGAAGUACUACUGGUCCAAGUUGACUGAAGCAGACAAGCACCCAUUAUUCAAGAAGCUAGAGGUAAUUUCCGAAAACUCCUAGUUUGGCAUGAAGUAGGCUAAUCUGGACAUUUUUUUUUGCUGCUGUUUGUUUUUUUUUCGGUCUGUAUUUCCUUUUAUAUAUUGCCCAGUAGUUUGGGUUCUGGGAGUGGGACGAGGCAGCAAAGCUUGGUGGCAGCACAGCUUGUUGUUGCCUCAUGGGCAAGUCUCCCCUGUUUUCUCCUUUGCGGUUUUGGAGUUUGUAACUGAUAGACCGUUAAUUACACAUGUUUCUACCCCUGUUCUUACACCGUUUGAGGUGUUGAUUCUCGUGUUUUAGGCCGAUUUCACUCUAGGUUGUGCUUGUUUGUGAUAUUUCAGGUCCUAGUACGUGAAUGGAGGCUUGGGAGCGAGUUUGGGGUCGAUUGGACGAAGAUCGGACGCGUGGCGAGGUGCUAAGGAAGCCGCACGGGCAUUCCUGGACAUCACACGGCCGUGCAACUCACAUUUGUGGCCGUGUGAUUUUCGCCGAGAGCAAACACGGGCAGGAUGGAAAUCCCACACGGCCGUGCGACCCUGGUCGUGUGGGAAGCCUGAAUUUUGACUUAAUGAUACGCCGCGUUUUGACUCACACGGGCAACUGGGUGAGCCACACGGCCGUGUGGCCUGCCCGUGUGAGUCGGAAAAUCUUGGUUUUUCAGCCAAUUUCGAGCCACAAGUCAGAAAAUCGGACUUUUGGAGCAAAAACAGAGCCCUAGAGAGAGAAAGGACGAAGAACACAUCCUAGAAGCUAUCUUGGAGCUGGGUUUCAUCAAAUCGAGCUUGGAGAUCGUCAUAGGAGUGGAAAUCAUCAUCCUAGAGCAGAUUCUUCCCAUUGUAAUGAGUAUGACUACUUUGUACCUUGUUUUCCUCUCUCUCUCUCUCUAUGGAGUAGAACCUCUCUCUCACUUGGGGAUGAAGAACCCUAGUUCUAUGUGUUAGGGAUUGAUUGUAAUGACUUGGGAUGAUAUUACUGUUUGAUUUUAAUCGAAUGAUGCAUGUUUAUUGAGUCAAUUGAAGUCUGAUCAACUUUUCCUGAUUCCUGCUGCAAUCUGAGAUAGAUAGAAUCUGAUUAGGUUUCUAGAGUCUCAUCAUUCGGUAGUAGGAGAUUGGCUAUACGAGAGUUAGCCAGUUUACUGCUUUGUACUGGAAUCCAAUUCCAGUAGUGGAGUUCUGUUCUUACUGCUUCAGCUUUCUAUCCCGGUGAAGACUAGUCGUCUGCCGGGUAGUUAGACUGAGACGGCUUGGUCAGCUUAAGAGAUUCCAAGCUACUGUCGGAUCUUCCGCAGUCUAAUCAACAGUAAAUCAACCCAGGGAAAUACAAUUGAAACUUAACUAAGGAGCUAGGGGGACUCAUUCCCAAGUGACUCUUACAUGCUUGAGAAAACCGUACCAAUUCCUGCUUUCUUUCUGCUUUUGCUUUUAAACAACAAACACUUAACUUAGUUGGCUAGAUAAUAGAUAAUCACUGAGUAA